AUGUCAUCUAAUAUUGACAAUAAAGAACCUACCUCAACUAAAAAAUCUGGUAGUAAUACUCAACAAAGAACAGCUAGACGACCCUUUUAUCCUUGGUCACGUGACGAUGUAUCAACCUUCAAGAUGCAUAUUACGCAUAGUUGUCCUAAAGCUCCAUUAGAAGCACAACUUUCUUAUUUUAAGCAAUUAGCAGAAGAUGACGAAAAUCAAAAAUCAAAAUUACCUUUAAAAAGACAAGAACAACUAGAAAACGGCAUGUGUUUUGCAUUUGUUUGUGCAGGUGUCUCAUUUAAUGUUGCCGGCAAUGAAAUUUUUCGUGCAUGGCUUCAGGAUCUUAGACCAGGUUUUAAUAUACCUAGUCCUAGAACACUUGCAGGAAGAAUUUUUAAUAAACAAAUUAUUAAAGGAUCUUUUUCAAAAUGCAUCUUGUCUCAAGCAAUACUAGUUGCUCAAUUUUUUAGAUCAUCUCAUAUUGCAAAUUCAGCGCUUGAAAAUGAAAUUCAGAUUAACAAUAUCGUAGGUGAAGGUAUUAAACAAUACGUAGCAACUCGUUGGUCAAGUUAUUAUGACUCAAUUUAUUUAAUAUUACGUUUAAAGGUUGCAUUUGUUCGAAUUUUAGAUCAUAAUCCAGAUAUUAUUACUAAUGAUGAAGUAUAUGCGAUUCUAAAUAAGGGAGAUGUAUUAACUAUAGCAGACGAAGCUGGGGAGUUAGAUGAUAAUGAUUCAGAUGAAGGCUCUAUCGAAGAUGAUGAAAUAGAAUUUGAAUCGUUAGAUGAGCUUUUAAAAUUGGAAGAAACUUUUGACUUAAAUCAUGAAAUUUUUACAGAAAAAGGUCAAAGUAAUAGUAUAGAAUCAAAUUCUGAAAAUGUAGUUGAAGAACAACCAAAUUAUGACUAUAAUGUAGAUAAUUUAAUUGAUGAAAUGUUUGCCAAAUAA